GCAGGCCACGUGGCGAUGGGGGGCAGCGCGCGGAACCCGGGGGCCCUGCAAGGGGACAACGCUUCCAGCCAGUCUCCAUACCAGAGGUUAAGUCGGAGGAUGCGCGACAUUUCCGGGGACCGGGGCGUGUUGAAGGAUGUCAUCCGAGAGGGUGCUGGAGAGCUGGUGACACCCGAUGCUUCCGUGCUAGUGAAAUAUUCCGGAUAUCUGGAGCACAUGGACAAGCCUUUUGAUUCUAAUUGCUUUAGGAAAACUCCUCGCUUGAUGAAACUUGGAGAGGAUAUUACACUUUGGGGCAUGGAGCUGGGCCUUCUGAGCAUGCGGAGAGGAGAGCUGGCCAGGUUUCUGUUCAAACCAGCCUAUGCCUAUGGAACGCUGGGCUGCCCUCCCUUGAUCCCCCCAAACACUACUGUCCUGUUCGAGAUUGAGCUGCUUGACUUCCUGGACUCCGCUGAGUCAGACAAGUUUUGUGCCCUUUCAGCUGAGCAACAAGAUCAGUUUCCACUUCAGAAGGUCCUAAAAGUGGCAGCUACCGAACGGGAGUUUGGCAACUAUCUUUUCCGCCAAAGUCGUUUCUAUGAUGCCAAAGUGAGGUAUAAACGGGCCUUGCUGCUGCUUCACCGGCGGUCAGCACCCCCUGAAGAGCAGCACCUGGUGGAAGCAGCCAAGCUUCUUGUCCUCCUUAACCUGUCCUUUACAUACCUGAAGCUGGAGCGGCCCGCCACGGCCCUGCGUUAUGGAGAACAGGCUCUGAUCAUUGACCGGAAGAAUGCCAAGGCCCUCUUCCGGUGCGGACAGGCCUGUGUUAUCAUGACUGAGUAUCAGAAGGCUCGAGAUUUUCUAGUCCGAGCCCAGAAGGAACAGCCCUUCAAUCAUGACAUCAAUAACGAGCUGAAGAAACUGGCCAGCUAUUACAGGGACUACACGGAUAAAGAGAAAGAAAUGUGUCACCGAAUGUUUGCUGCUUACGAUAAUGGCUCUACAGUAGGAGAAUAUUGA